AUGGCAUCAAGAGGCACAUCAAGGCAACAGUAUGACCUCACUAUGAAGCUAUUGCUAGUAGGAGACUCUGGUGUAGGAAAGUCCUGUCUUUUAUUGAGAUUUGUGGACGACUCGUUCAACCCUUCCUUCAUCACUACUAUUGGUAUUGACUUUAAGAUUCGAACCGUGGAGAUCAAUGGAAAGAAAGUCAAGCUGCAAAUUUGGGAUACCGCUGGCCAAGAGAGAUUCAGAACUAUUACUACUGCCUACUACAGAGGGGCCAUGGGUAUCAUCUUGGUGUAUGACGUUACUGACGAGAGGUCGUUUAACAGUGUACACAAUUGGUACCAGACAUUGAACCAGCACGCCAAUGAGGACGCCCAGCUGUUUUUGGUAGGUAACAAAUGUGAUGACGAGGAGUCCAGACAGGUCACUAAAGAGCAAGGUGAACAGUUGGCUAGUGAGUUAGGUGUUCCAUUCCUGGAAGCUUCGGCCAAGAGUAACAAGAACGUGGACGCAAUCUUUUUGGAGCUAGCCAAACGAUUCGAAGAGAAGAUGAGAAAUACACAACAGGGCCCUGGUUCUGCUGGUAUUGAUGUAAAUUCCUCCAACGACACCAAAUCGUCUUGUUGUUGA